AGCGACAGACACACACACACACACACACACCAUCGGUCUAUCCAAUCGCAGCUAUAUAUCAAUCAAUCAAUCAAUCAAUCAAUCAAUUGAAAGAAGCAUGACCAUGGUGAAGAAGGCGUUGAUGGCCGCGGUGGCGCUGGUGCUGAUGGUGCUGGUGCUGGUGGAUGGCAGGGUCCAUCACCGGAGUGAAACUGAAUGCAAGAAUGACCUCCUCGCUGCUGGGCCCCUCGAAUCCAGUGUCAUCUUGGAGUGCUGCAAAUUUUUAUCAGUGCCGUGCUUGUGCCAGAUCCGUACGGAGCUCGCGGAGAAGCAGAAGAUGGCACGGAUCGGUGAAAUAGAACGUGAGUGGUUCCCUUUCACUCGCGCAUGCACCAUCGCCGCCUCGGAACAAGUUUGCUCUCUGGAUGGAUUCCUAGUCUAGCCUGGACUAGCCGCCUGCACAUGGUUGCUUGCUUCGUUCCUUCCUUCCUUCCGAUCCAUGGAUUUGUUUGUGUUUGUUCCUGUCCUUCUAUGUGCAAUGAAUGCAUGCAUGCAUGCUAAGUUAUGGAUCCAUCGUGUUGUAAAUUUGCUCAUAAAGCUUGUAUUAUUGUUUACAUUCUACUACCAAGG